GUGAUGCAUUUACUAAGUGGGGGUAGUUUUUUUUUAUCUAGCUAGAUGAAUUAUUCAGGAUAAUUUUUGGCAAUGCAUAAAUUUUCAUGGCUAAAGGAAGAAAAAACACGGUCAGAAAUGGUGCCAUGGUAGACGAUGUAGUCGGCGUUGUGCUGCGUUCAGGAAGUUCUCUUUGAGAACAAAAAAACACUGAGGAUUUUGAAUCUUGUAGGAUAUAGCUCCUCGCACACAAGGAACGAAUCCUUUGUGAUAUCUUUUUGUGUUUGUCAGUCGGAACAAAGGGAGUCCGAAAACCACUCUAACAGACUGAACAGCUGUGCGUUCUGCCUUCAUUCAAACCCCAUCUAAUUGUUUGUUGGCCUGCUCAUUUGGAUAAUUACGGCACAGUUUGUGCUGAUAGUAUCGCACUYCGGUCACUUUAUUCAAAUGUUCCAUGAAAAUCAAUUAUUCACAAGAGAGGAGUUUGACUACUCGUGUCAGGMAUAUGAUUUGAGCAUUUUAGAUCAUAUAUACCAUCCAACUGUGACUCUCAUUUGGCACUUCUGAACUCGCAACUCCUCAUUAACAACGGCUAGCCGAGCAGCUGGGCAAAAUCCACAUCAGAUUGUACGGAAACUAUAUACGCUUGUGUUUCAACAAAACUCCGGCCGUGAAACUCCUAGUUUUUCCUCGCUCACUGCGCGAAAAGAGAAAGAAAGAUGAAAGUAUCUGAAAGUGAACCUGUYAAGGAUACAACGAAUCGAUUAGUUUACGCAACGAGKCUUUUCCAACGCCAAAAAGGUAAGGAGCUGGCAUGCGCCACCACAGGGAUCCCAAUAAACUACAGGUGCCAAGAAAACCACACACCAAAGAAACUGUUCCUUGAGUACCCCCCACCACUACCUCAAUAUCUACAAGCAAAAUCCUGUAUAUCAGGUCACCAUGGAAACCAUGGCCCAUGUUAUUUGUGUCACCAUGGAAACAUCCUACCACCAACCAAUGGCUGCAUUACUUACGCCCCUAUUUCUGUCUCGCCAAGAUUUACCGGCAUGUGUUUCUGCUUGUUCUGUCAGCAGAGGGCAGCAUCUUUGAGCUGUAACUGUCAGAGCUGUUUAAGUCUGAGGUUYGAACAGACAGCAGCGUCGGUGCUUAGACCGCAUGAUAAGGAGCUGUCAAUAAAAUCACCUGGAUGUUGCAAUGGKGUGACAUGUAAAAGCAUGCCAGCCAUGCAACCGCAAUAUCCACAGCUUUGUCAUUGCAUAGAGUGUGUGAGGAAUUUUUCAAAGGACUCAAGAUUGAAGAAUCAUGUUGAAGUCAUAGUUAACAACCAGGAAAAAGAUCAAACAGUAAGGAGUCCUCACAAAGAUAAGGAUCAAAAUAAUAACCUGAGUAAAAAUGAUGAAAACGAAAAAAGAGAUAACAAAACAGAUGGAAUUGAGACUCAAUGCAAUAAAGAUAAAAGCCCUGAUCUGACUAACAAUGAACAAGAAAAAACCUCCAGCAGAGAAUCUSAUAAUAAAAAGAGGAAACGCGAAGAUGAGGUGCUGUUUGUCAGUAAAGUCAUCAAGACAGAAAUUGUUGAAGGGAAAUGUAAAUUAGAUAAUGAACAUCACUUAGUUGAAAUUGUACAAGAAGACAGGCUUACUGGAGAAAGACAURUUMAAGAUUUGUCACCAGAAAAUGRGAGUGUAGAGCAAUGGAUCAAUGAGUCUGGUAAAAGAACUAAACAUUAUGAGAAUAAUGAAGAUAGUGAYCCAAGAUCCUCACCUGAAGAUUGUUAUAACAAUGGAUUUGAUUACAAAGACAGCAGGAAAUUUAUCAAAACAAAUCAACAAAAUAGCAGUGACUCUCAAAAUGGUAAGCGACAUUACAACACACGGUAUACUCCAUCUAAAACRCGCUCUUGUGAGAAAGAUUGUACAUCAAUGAAGCUCAAAAAAGAUAGCAGRGAUGAUUAUUCAGAUGCAAAAAAUAUCUCACGUCAAAGAACUAAAUUAAAUCGACUUCUUGCUAAYGAACAUGAAAGACGCAGGGUGGCUCAGCUAAACAGUGCCUAUCAAAGUCUGCGUCAGCUGAUUCCUGGGUACCAGUGUGACACUAAGUUACCAAAGAUAAAGAUAUUGAGAUAUGCGAUCAACUAUAUAGCCCACUUGGACAAUAUAUUAGAGACAGAUUCAGUGUGAUCUGAUUACAUUAGAAUUGUUAGGUGGACAGUUGUCUACAAUAUCACRGACGUCAUCAAAUAAUACUAGCCUUGUAAUAGUGCAUAUAUAUGUUUAAGAUGAGAUAUAAACCAUAUCAUCUGAAAUUUCUUUCAAGAUUAUUAGAUAUUUUUGUUCACCAUCACAUACGCAAUAUUGUCUUUUUUGAUAAUUUCAUCAUUACAUCACACUUUCUUGUUAUUUCAAUAUCACUUUAGAAAAAAAAAAAAUUAUUUCUUUUGUAUAAAUUCAUGGUAGCAUUCAUGUGUAUAUAACAUAUKCCAAGAAUUAAAUAUAAUU